CCAUAUCUGUAGCGAAAUGAUUGAAAUGAAGCCGCAAGUUGUUGUGUAAACUCUCAAUAAAGCGGUGCGAAUUUAAUAAGAGUUCAAUUAUCUUUUUAACAGAAGAAGCCAUGUGAUUUAGUUACAUUUACCCACGUUGUGCUUACUUUUAUUAACGCUAAACGGCCAAUAAGCUACUAGAAACAUUAUGUACUGAGGUAAUUUGUGGUUGAAUUAUUGGGUAUAUUAAAAAGAAAACGAGGUUUGACAUCAAGAUGAUAGAACCGUGGAAUGAUGCUAAUCUUCAACCACCACCGGUUAAUACAUGCUCAAGUGAAACUAGUGCAGAUGUCAAAGAUUUACGGCAUAUCUGCAAUAAUAUUAUAUUGAUAUUGUCCAGACAGUCACCAUUACAUAGAGAAGGGGCGGUUUUCUCUAGACUUGUGUAUAAAUAUGACAAGAAGUUUCGACACGAUAUUGGCUACAGAUACUUUAAAAAAGUCAACAUUGGACUGAAGAGGUACUUGGCAAUUAAACUAUUAAAAGACAUAGAAAAUUUUGUUGGUAUUCUUCCAGAAAAAAACAAUGAUUAUUUACCUACUCGACAAAUGCUAGAAUAUAUUUUGGUUAGGUUAAUGACAUUCUCUAAGAUUAUGGUGAGAAUAUGUAUAUGUACAAAGCAGGCAGCAAUAUUUUAUUUGAAUAGAGUAAAGAAUGGAGAAAGUUACUGGAUGUCUUUAACGCCAUAUGCAUUGUUGAGCAGAAUUUGGUCAUUAAGUUUGGUUCUUACUAAACAUGCUGUUAGAUGGUACAACUCUUUACACCAGUAUGUAAACCAGUUACAAAUAAAAGGUUUGAAUUUCUUACCUGAAAAUUACACAUUACCUGACAAUUUAGAAUUAUGGCUCAAUAUGAAAAAUUUGGAUUGCUUUGGAAGAUUUGAAUGGUCUCAAAAACAUGGUGUUGAGAUUGACUUAUCGUUAGAUGAUGACAAUGAUAUUGGUAUAUUUGAGAAUUUACUUGGUCAUGUAAGUAAACUCUGUGAAGAUAAUCAAGAAAUAGAUUUAGGAUUAACUGUAAAUGAAAAGAGAGAUACUCAGCAAUUAGAUAUAGGUGAAACCAAAAUUGAUCAUGGUGAGGCAGUUUCUAGAGAUACUUUCAACAUGUUACUCAAUUGCCAAACUAAAAAACAAGCUAUAGUUUGUAAGCAUGAUAUUAAUGGUAUAAAAGAUACACCAACAUUGGAGACUUUUUUACACAAAGAAGAAAUAUACAGAAAUGAAAAUAAUGCAAUGUCAUUAACAAACCAUUUGAGUUUUAUGCAAUGGGAAUCAUUGAAAAGGGCAUUAAACAAUUUGCGUAAUACAUCAGGAAACAAGAACAUUGAAAAGAAAAUAAAAAAUAUCUGGAAAGAAAAAUGUGAGGAUUGUUUAUAUUAAUGAAUAAAAUUUUAUUGAAUUUAAAAAAUUUUUUACUAACUAUAUUUACAAAAACAGUAAAUACAGCACCAUUUUUAUAAAAAAAAAUAUCUAUGGAUAUUAGACAGCAUGUUCAGGUACAAUUUUUACAAGCUUUUAUUAUUACUAUUGAAGUCUGCCUAGUUUGGAAUGCAUGAAGAACAAGGCUUAUUUAUAGCUUAUUUAGUUCUUUGUCAAAUCUUAUAACAUUAUAUUUUUAAUUUUUAUUAUUUAUAAGAACACUAUUGAAAUGUUUUCGUGGCCUGUAAAAUAAGUAUUCAUAGAAAACUCAUAUUUAUGUAUAAUCAUAGUUUGUAAUAAGAAUGCUGAACUUUGUCACAUUAAAUAAUUUAAUAUACAGUAAAGUUGAUAAUGAAAUAUAUGAUAUAUAUAUUUGAAA